AUGGAUGGGGGCAAUAAUUUCAUUGGGCAACUCGAUGUCGACCAACUUGGGGCAAGCUUACGGCGCGAUAUAAGCACAACUGUUUCGGGCUUCCCAAACAGUGAAGCUCUUGGUAGCGGUAGUUCUACUCUCGUGCCAGCACUUGACGGAACCGCUACUUUUGAAACGGGCGUAACCUCUGAUUCAUUUUCUGUGAGUGUCCGGCGCAGUUCAUUAGGAGAAACACUGAUCGAUGAUUUGAUAUUGGUCCAGUCAGCAGUCGGGGAGUACACUGUCACAGUUUCAUCCCCUGGGCUUCUUUCAUCCUCGUUUAUCCUCACGGUCUCACCUGGCUACCCUUCCAGUCUGGAUGCGUGUGGCUGCUCCACAUGCACUCGCCGUAUAACAGAUGGUGUUUGCACCGACACUGCUCCCUAUUUUGCAGAUGCCAUAGUGUCAUUGCGCGAUGUUCUUGUUGUCACGCGAGAUGCUGGUGGUGCGCUUACGGGAACUGGUUUGGAAGCUGAACAAGAACGGAAUAUCUCUGUUGAGCUGAUCUUCAGUAAAGACCAGUCAACGGGUAUAGAAACACCAUACUCGGGAAAUGUAAGUGCUCUCUCAAGUUCUAGUCAGCGAAGCCUCGUCGCCAAAGAGGGCAUGGUUGCCUGGUGCGCCAACGGCACGAUAGAACGCCCCGCGCCCCGCUUUUGUCGCCCCGCUGAUCAAUUAUCAGAGCAGAAUCUCACUGCCGCAACACAGCAAUAUUUAAACAUGCUACAAAUUACGGACGUGGGGUCCUUAACUGAUAACGUGACCGGAACUACAGGAGAUGGGCUAGAAUACUAUGGCAUACGUUCGUCUCCUCGUUGGAUUGGGCACACAAGUGGACUGCAUUUCAACUUUCCGUCAACAGGAGUUUACAAAUUGCAAUUUUCGAGCUUUUGCCCAACUUCUAAUUGUGCCUCUGCACUCUAUCGCGAGCUUCGCGACGACCAUCUCGAAAUUGUGGUAAUUUCUGGCACACCACAUCGUCUCCAUCUAUUCAGAGCACCUCCAACUCGUUUUGAAAAUGAUUUGACCAUCAGUCCUGCUGUUCAAGUUCAGACACUGGAUAUUGCAAGCAACCUUUGCACCAAUUUUGACGCAUUUGCAAUAUCCUCAGUGACACCAACGGUAUCUCGAUUGGAAGGAGAUGUGACCCCUUUAGUAAGUGGCGUGGCGACGUUUGAUCGCCUGAAGAUUAAUGGACUUCGGGGUAAUGUGUACACGUUGCACUUUUCUGUGUCUUCGUUUGGACUAAGCGUUAGUCACACUCCAUUUCUCGUAAUACCCUGCGAGGAAGUUAAAUCUAAUUCCCAAAGUGAUGGUAACGGUGAUUGCGAAUGUAUGCCCGGCUAUACUGAGGACAUCAGGCUGCCAAUAUCAGGAGGUACUGCCCUUACAAACUUAGCACCUAGUGUCACUUCAUAUCCUGACUUAUACAAGAAGGCGUCAAGUGCACCGCAGAGGUACUUAAGUGCACUGAAUCCCUACGGUGUAUGUGUACCUUGUGCCAAUGGCUUCUACAAGCCACUUCCUGGUCCUCAAGCGUGCACCAGUUGUCCACUUCAAAUGGAUACCAUGUGGAGAAGCGGUAAAAUUAAGGGUGAGUGGACAACUUUAUCUGGUGAAAAGAUUCCUGGUCACCUUGGAAACUAUCGAAAGAAUCAAUGUCACUGCAUUGUCCGACGUUCGGGAACAAGUAGUGACAGCUCGCUAGAGACGUACCGUCUGCUUCCAGAGGACGAAUUUCGUUGCCAGAAAUGUCCCUUUGGUGGAGUCUGUAACGGUUUGCCAAAGCGGCAGAUUAUAGUUGACUUUGGGCGUUGGCGCGCUCACCCCGACGUGACAGUAGUAUACGACUGUUUGAAAAAAAGUGCUUGCCUUGGUGGUGAGUCAAGUACAUGUGCAGCAGGCUAUACGGGUAACUUGUGUGCUGUAUGCGCAGACGGGUAUGCAAAUCCUUCCAUUGAUGGUCGGAAUCCACCAGUGUGCAGCAAGUGUCCCCCAAACAUUGCUGGUGGCAUGAUAAUCGUUGUUCACCUGCUCCUGCAUGGGAUCAUCGUGGUGACCUUAUUCAGGAUUGCCACUCACAAUCACGGUGGGUCUAUUGGGCUUUGCAAAACCCUCCUUUCACACUUUCAAAUGAUGACCGUGUUGAAGGACGUUGACUUGGGCUGGACAUCAACACAGUACCUCCUGUUCGAAAUCGCGGCCAGGAUAUCAACACCCACGAUCCACUCAUUUGAAAUUGACUGCUUCUUGCGUUGGAACCACUAUCAGUACACUGGCUACUCAUCGGCACUACCCACAGUCAUUGCCAUUCUCGCUGUUUUUUGUUAUGUCGUGAUCCGUAUUGUUGAAAUCAAACGUCACAGGAAAACGUUCUUCCUUAACAAAUUCAAAUUGCAAGAACAAGUUGCUUUUAAUCGGAGGCUAGGAAAAAAUGUCACGGAUCUCCAAGAAGCACUCGAUAAAAUGAGCAUCCAACCUGAUGACACUUCACCUCAUGGUGUCAUGGAUGUUGCAUUGACACCUCGAAUGACAAGUCCUGCAGAGGACGAAGAUAAGGACAUCAUUCGUUCUCGAGACAUAGAGGUCGCAGAGUUGCCUGCCACUGCGUAUGAUACCGCUGUCUGCUUAUCACUUGUCAUGCUUUACUUUUCGUGGACUAUAAUUUUGAGGCACCUGUUGCAGCUCAUUCGGUCAAGGUCGUUUGUUGACAAGGGAUCGUUUCUCUUCGUAGACCUUGAUAUCAGCACUGGUACCACGUUAUACACCAGUUGGAUUUGUGCCUUGAUUGCUUUCCUGAGUGUUUAUCUCGUCGUAUUGCCUUGCAUAUUGCUACAGGCACUGAGCAGCGAGAAAACUCGCCUCCACUGGCGUUCCGUGAAAAUGCGACUAGGUUUCAUGUUCUUGGGAUUCAUGCCUGAGUACUGGUGGUGGGAGUUUGUGGUCAUGAUUCGAAAGUUUGGCCUCCUGGCUACUGCUGUUCUUCUUCCAGAUGAACCUUUAAUCGCUGCCUACAUAUCACUUUUCAUCGUCCAGGUGAGAUAUUUUGCUUGAUUGAAAACCACUUGCGCAAUGUCGUAACACGUGCACGGCCUAUCGUACACGUACUGCGAGCACGUAU